CCCACCCCUUCAGGAGCCGUCCACUGCCGCAUUAGUGGGUUCCAUUCCUCUUUGGAUCGCUUCUCGCGAUCGCAUUGCCCGUGUUUCUUGAUUUGGCCGUCUUGGUUGGUUCCUAGCUCUUGGAUGAGGUGGGAUUCGUAGAGCGGUGCGGCGGCGGCGGCGUUUCUUGGUCGGAGUAGGUUGUUUCCAUCUUCGGCGGAGGAGAGAUGGUGGGCGGUGGAGAGCAGUCGUCGAUCGAACCCGACGCCGAAGACCUCGAGCGCGGCGAGCGGCGCCGGGAUGCGCCUGAGUUCGUGGACGGCGACGACGGGGACGAGGAAGAAAGCCAGUACUUCUCGGACGCGGAGGACCGGUCGUGGCCGUCGCACUCGCGCCACGACUCCACCGCCUACGAGGACUACAUCUCACCGUGCGCAUCCGCCUGCGCGAGCUCCGUUGACGCCGAUGCCGACGGCGACGGCGAGACCGUUGGGGAGCAUUGCAGGAAGUCGUCCUGCGUGUCCGAGGGCUCACUGGACGACGUCGACCUGGAGGCCGGACUGGCCGAGAUCAUCAAGGCCAGCCCCGAGAAGUCCGAGCUGAACUGCCGCAUUUGCCACCUCGGCCUGGAGAGUGCGGCGGCCGAGUCCGGCGCCGGCAUCACGCUCGGCUGCUCCUGCAAGGGCGACCUGUCCUACGCCCACAAGCAGUGCGCCGACACCUGGUUCAAGAUCAGAGGCAACAAGAUAUGUGAGAUAUGUAGCUCGACUGCAAGCAAUGUGGUAGUUUUGGGUGAUCCGGAGUUCAGCGACCAGUGGAGUGAAACAAACAAUGCAGCUGCUGUGCAAGCACCGCCAGCUGAAGCCCGAAGGUUCUGGCAAGGGCACAGGUUCCUCAACUUCCUCCUUGCCUGCAUGGUGUUUGCAUUUGUCAUCUCUUGGCUCUUCCACUUCAACGUCCCCGGCUAAGUUCUUCGCGCACAUGGGCCCGAAUAAAAGCGCUCCAAAGCCAUUACUCCAAACAUGUGGGUAAGAUCUAGCGAAUCUGUAAGAACAGGCUGUGUUGAAGUAAAAGUUUGAGAUGGUACAAAAGAGAGUACAUGGUGGGGAUGGUGAUCCUGCAUUUGUCCAUGAUGAAUGCCUUUGUGUUGGUAAAGAGUUAAAGAUUAAAGAUGGUGAUCCCCGUAAGAAAGGGAGCAUGGUUGAGCGAUUUGCUGCCGGCUUCUGGAAUCUAGAUUGUAGUUGAAAGCAAGGAAUAGAAGGUGUGUUGCUGCGUGGUUGAUGUUAUCAUUGUGCGAAGAUGAGGAUUUGUUUAGUCCGGUCAUUUUUCUAGCUUUGCAACCAUCUCUCGUUUGGUCUCCUGAUUUGGUGUGAUCGCGUGGAGAUUCCUCUCCGAUCGCCCUUUGUUCCUAUGCUUCUAAUUCUGUGAAGGGUGAAGCCGGAUUGCUGUACUCAGUAAGGUAAACCUGGUGCAGAAUCAGUUCUGCUUUCUGAGAGCUUGUCCCUGGUAGUAGUUAUAAAGAAAAUGAUGCGGAAUGCUCAAACUUUUCUGUGCACAUUGGUAUCGCGGUUUGUUUUCGUGUCUCGGUGAUAGCUUUCCUGUGUUA